UUUGUCCUGAUUCCUCUGGUUUUUCUUUUUAAAAAAUUCAUGUUAAAGCACUGGAACAUUGCUUGCAUUUCACUUUUUGUGUUUAUUCCCUUAAUGAAGCCUCGAGUUUUCUUUUUGGCCAAAACACACAUAAACUUUGUUGCUGAGUUAGGUGAAAGUUUGGAUGUCUUUUUCUGGGAACGUCUCUGCUUAAAAGUUACUUAUUGUCAAUCUUGUUGAAUCACUCCUAACUUCUUGCUAACUAUCAAUUGAUUUUAAUUUUCUUUUCGUGUGGUUAUGAUGAGUUUUAGAUAAUAACUGAUGAAGAGAUGUUUAAAACUCCAAAUAGUGACCAGAGCAUUACACAGGUGACAUUUUUUGAAAGAAUGAAGCAGAUUGUUGGUGCAAUCCUUGGAGAGGUUUCCUAUAAGUUUCAAACCGUUGCUUUGUGAUUUAGGUAAGUCUUAGUGCUCUGGGAGAACCAUAUUGUUAACAUUUCAAGAAAGAAGAGAGAAAAAUGGGCUGUGUUUCUUCUUGCUUUCAAGUUGAAGACUAUGAGGAGGAUCACACUAAUCCAAGUAGUUCUGUAAAUAGAAACUGUCCAUGCCCGAGAUGUCUUGUUAAUAACUUACUUAACCUGUAUAUCUCUUUGUUUAGAAGAGGCGAAACCCCACGCUCUCUCCCAUCCUCUUUACAAGCUACUACUGUAUCCAUAACUUCCUAUGAUAACUUUAUGUCCUCUACUCCAUGGCCUCUGCCUUAUGAUUCUGAUCCAGGAUACUUUCAUUCACGGCGUGAUUCUCUUGUCUCAAGACGUGAUAAGGGUUCUAGUCAUUCACAUGAGGAAGCUGAGCCCUUGAGAAGUGAUGCUGAUGAUGAGGAUUCUGAGUCUUUCCUAGUGGAAAGAAGCAGAUGGGCUAAUAAGCUUACUAUCUCCGGUGAAGAUUCCAGAGAAGACUUCUCUAAAUCCACUAGGAGAAUUCUUAAGUCAAAGACAAUUAUGGAAGCGGGUAGUAACCAAGGCGUGUACGAUGAUGAUGAAGACGUUUGUCCAACGUGUCUUGAAGAAUACACAUCAGAGAACCCGAAGAUUGUUACAAAGUGUUGUCACCAUUACCACCUCAGCUGCAUUUAUGAAUGGAUGGAGAGAAGCCAAGACUGUCCUGUUUGUGGAAAGGUGAUGGAGUUCAACGAAUCACCGUGACUUAUAAUUAUGGAGUUAUGAAGAAACCCUCGCAACAACAGAAAACACACACAAUAAUCUGAUGUUUUUCACAGUGUGCCUCUGGUGCAGUGUUGUGUCCAAGGCAUUAAACUUUUUUACAUUAUCUUGUAACAGUGUGAUGUUUAUAAAUUUGGCAUAGAGGUUUACGUUGGCUCAA